AUGGAAUCUCCCAUACAUGAGGAGACUGCUGGUGUCCCCGCACACCCAUACUACCCCGUUAGCGCGCCUCUCUCACAUUACACCGUCAAUCAGACCCCCGUGGCCGUUCUACUCGUCUCAUUUGGCGUCAUAAUUCUUGCCAGUGUCGCGGCGGCUGUUCAAUUAGCCAGGAGAGCGUGCCCCAGCUUGUCCGUAGCCGACCAGCUCACCGUCGCAUGGUUCGCUCUCUGCGGUUUCCUGCACUGCUUCUUCGAAGGAUACUACAUCUACCAUCAUGAAGACCUCGCAGGCCUACAGACCCUCUUUGGCCAGCUCUGGAAGGAGUACUCCCUCUCCGACUCGCGGUACCUAACCUCCGACCCAUUCAUGCUCUGCGUGGAGUCCCUGACUGUUUUGAUGUGGGGACCCUUGUGCUGGACUAUAGUCUGGGCAAUAGCCAAGCGAAGCAACUUCCGCUAUCCUCUCACGGCCAUCAUGUGCGUCGGUCACUUGUACGGCGUCAUGCUCUAUUACUCGACCAGCCUGACUGAAUACUACCUUCACGGCGUCUCGCACAGCCGGCCCGAGUUCCUGUACUUCUGGGUCUACUAUGUCGGCUUUAACGGACCCUGGGUCGUCGUUCCUGCGAUCCUGCUCUACAGAAAUGUCAUGUAUAUCAAGCGCAAGUUGGACGGAAGUGAGCACGCCCAAUUUGUUGUGAACAGUGUCGACGGCCCUUUGGGUAAAAAGGACCUCUGA